AUGACAGGCUCCUCUUAUGUUCAUAAUGCGAUUGCAAAUAUUGUCACCAGAAUCUUGAAUGAAGGGCACAAGGUUGAUGGAAUAUCUGUUCCUCUAGCCCAAAUGCCUGCUUCUGAGAACAUCCAAGAUGAUCAAGGUGAGCAAGAUGAUGCUAGCAAAGAUCAGGAUAAUGUUGAGACAUCUGCUGAUAAAAAUGAUGAGACCCCUGUUGCUAAAGAUGUUGAGACAUCUGUUGAUAAUAAUGAGACCCCUGUUGCCAAAGAUGUUGAAACAUCUGAAGCUAUCAAUGUUGAAGCAUCUGGUACCAAAGAUGAUGAGACUCUUGAACCUAAGAAAGAUGAAGAGAUUCCUGUUGUUCCUGCUGAGAAAGAUGAAAGCCCUAAUGUGCAUGAUGUGGUGGAUCUAGAUGAUCUUGAUGAUCCUAUUGAUAUUACUGAUGAUGACCUCAUCUCCAGCAUCUCCAACAGGGUCAAGGCCCGUAAGGGAAAGCAAGUUGGUGAGCAACAUCCUCUAAAGCCACAGGUUACUCCUCUGAAGACUGUUACUAAAGAAAAGAUGAAGAAAGUUCCCACUGGACCUUCAAAGUCUGGAAGCAAAGAGUUUAUUGUCAAUUUGUCUCAAGACUGUGCUGAUGGUAGAACAGAUGAUUUUCAUAAAGUUUAUGUUAGAAGAAAAUGCAUAGACCACUAUCUAGGUAGAAAUGCUGAAGCUCAACCUGAGCUUGAAGUAACUGAUAAUGAGGUUUGCAAAACCAUCACUAGGGGUAAGGUUAAAAAGUGGCCCAUCAAAAGUAAACUGUCUGCUAGUCUCUUGACUGUCAAGUAUGCUUUGCUGCAUAAAAUUGGUGCUUCCAACUGGGUGCCCACCAAUCACACCUCUACCAUUGCUGUUGGCUUAGGUAGAUUCAUUUAUGCUAUAGGGACCAAGACUGUGUUUGACUAUGGGACCUAUAUUUUUGAUCAGACUAUGAGACAUGCUGGUACCUCUGCCACUAAGCUUCCUAUUUCCUUUCCAUCCCUAAUAUGUGGAAUCAUCCUAAAGCAAUACCCUGGCAUCUUGAAAGCUAAAGAUUCUUCUGCUGAUAGUGGUGAUGAUCAUGCUGCUAGUAGUGAUGGUGAGAAGAUGGAUGCUGAUAGUGAUGAUGAAUAUAAGGCUGAGGAUGAUGAGGAUGCUGAUGCCCAGACUAGUAGCUCCAGUGAUGUGGAGAUGAGUGUGAAGCUUCAAUAUACUACAACGCUUUUGAGGACAAGCGCUGUUAAAAGCCUUGGUCUGAGGAAGAAGAUGACUGCGUGGCGCAGUCUGAUUGGCUGA